GAGGACGUUCUGAAGCAACCGAAUUUGGGUGUUUUUCAGAUACUAUUGCCAGAUUCUUCAAAUGAAUUGACCCAUGUUCCUUCACUACCAAGUGAAGAAAGCUCAAUUGAGAUUUCAAGCAAUGAAUCUGAUGACACCAUUCUUCUAAGUGAUGACAGCCCUACAAGAAAGAGGAGAGCUGAAGAUGAAGCAGGAAUUAUGGUCAAAAAAAUUCUGCAGACUAAACCUGGUGGGGAUGGAAUCAUCAGAGAGUACAACAAAACCAAAUGCUUAUCUGACAGCAACAGGAGAAAGAUGGUCAAUAUUCUUACUGCAGAUAUGACUGAAAAGCACAGCUCAUCUCCACCCAAACAAGUAAGAGAACUGUAUGCUCAAGGAAUCAUUGCCCUGUUUCCAUAUCUUAGGGAUCCAUAUGCAAAGCUUGGUUAUGAACAUUAUUAUGACCCUCAAAGUGGACAAGGGUACUUGUCAUGGAAAAUAAAGAACAUUCAGAGGAACAGUGCACCAUCAGAGAUCCGUAGAUGUGUCCCCCAGUCUUUUGGUGGCCCAUCUGCGCAGAGAGAAGCUUCAUUCAGCACAGAAGUUAUCCUGACCGAAGAACAGUAUAGGGAAGCUGUUUCUCUUAUGAAGCAUACUUCAGAGGAGGUGACAGUAAAGGUCAAGAUGAGGGAGACAUUUCAGUAUCGUCGCAAGAUGGUUCAUGACCCAAGCAGAUGCACUGAUGUGCUAACUGAAUUUCCACGUUAUUUGGAUAUUAAAGGCCUGAUUGAGCUGGAUUUUGCUUGUCUUUUUGGUGAAAAGACAGCAGCUAAGUUUUUAGAGAGGUGGCCAACUACAUUUAUGCCGAAAGUCAUUCAGCAGAGCAAGGGGCUUAACUCCUCCCAAGAACUUCAGGACCUGAUUCACUGUGCAGAAUCGGCUGUGGACACUGAAUCAGAUGAAGACGGAUGGGGUAGCGGUCUUGCUUCGAUUCUUCUUUUACUUCACCUAAUUCCACCAUCACCACAAGGUCGCAAGAGACCUGGGAAAAUGUCAGCAUCUCAAGCUGAGAAACACAUUGUGAUCUUCAAAAAGACAGGGACUAACAUGCAGGAACAUCUUGAUUCAAUCAAAGAGAGCACCCAGCCCUACCUGCUUGCUGUCGGGACAAAGAAAAGCAGCAUUCAUGGAUACUACAUCAUCCUCGACAAAAAAGCCAUACCAUGCAAGUCAGUGAGUGGUCUUGCUGCCUUUGAUGAACUGUUCAAAGCCCACUUUGUGUUUGGUGCCUCGUACAAUAAGGUGCUUCACAACAUGUACACCUUCAUACAAACAACCGUUUUUGAGAUCGACAUUGGCAAAGUAAAAGAAAGUCCAAGGGUUGCUGAGCUCCGAGCCAGGUUCAUGCAUUAGAGGUGAUUGCCAGCUAAAAUGAUUUGUUUUGUUUGCUCUUGUUGCCUGGAGAACACAAAUUUGCUUGUUCGACAUUUAAAACUAAUUCAUGGUCUAUUUUCUGGCAAAUCGCUUCAUUUAAAAUGUGGACAGGCAGGAUGCUGUUUAGAAUUUGGAACAUAUUCUGGGUUCCGCAAACAUUUAAAUAGAGUUCAUGAAGCAAGUAAUGAAGUUCCAUUACAUGUUCAAGAUAGUGCUGUUCAUGAAGCAGUUGUUGGGCAAUCUAGUAGUAUUGAUGUGGCUACAUCUUCAAAUGUCAGUUCCCUGCCAAUAUCCAGUAAAAACACCACGGAAAUGUGUGCAUCAGCAAUAGCACAACUGCAAGCUGCAGGUGUAAGUCAGACUACUAUUAAUACGUUUGUUAUAUCUAUGGAAGAAGUAGUUCAGGACAUCCAGGACCAAGUAAAAGAGACAGCUCUUCGUUGCUUAUCCUCACAGAACACAGACAUUAAAAGUGAAGUGGAACAGUCAUUUCAGACAAUUGAAAACCCUUUUACCUCACUUAAUUCCAUGUCUAAACGAAACUCAUAUUUUUCAAGAAAAUGGGGAAUUGUCCAGCCUGUUCAGAAAGUACUUGGUGUCAGAUUUGACAA